GCUAUUCAGCUAACUUAGAAGAAGAUGGGGUGGAACUACCCGGACAUAUCCUUGGACGAACUUGUGAAACUGACAAAAGGGUUUGUGGAUAUACUUAUUCUGGCAUCUGGGUACCAGUCCUCUGGUCUUAUUGCCCACUGGGAUCCUCAAAACAUCAAGAAAGCCUUCCAGUGGGGCCGCUUCUUUGAAAAUGUAUUCAGCCAUUUUAGCAGCUCGGAUGUUUAUCAGGAGUCGGUGAAGGAACUUGACAAAACUCUUUCUGAACUGACUUCCAGCGCCUCUUUCCCCCAGGGUCUUGCACAUCUAUCAUCUGCUACUCUUGCGAAUGCACAACGAUUUGUGUUAGAACAUCUUAUCCAUGUUCUACCUUUGAGUGAUGCACAUCUCAGAGCCUUUCUGACUGCAACAAUUGAGAUGGAGCUUGAUCAGCUAUCUGGAACAGAGAAUAAUUGCCUAGAUGCAUAUCUGAACAAGUUGACUCUGCAGAAGACAUCACUAAUUCCAGCACCCGAUAGAAAGGGUUUCAUGAAGGAUUUAGUUCUUUCAUCUCCAGAUAUUGCUCCAAUUAAGGAUUUUACAAAGUAUGCUGUUCAAGAGAUCUUGAAGAGGCGAUGUGCUGUGUCUUGCAUAUCAACAGUUGAGACAGGCUUAGAUAUUCUCUCAAAUGCCAUCAGACGAAGAAGCCUAUCGGACAAUAACUUACUCAAUGAACGACUAAGUGAAGAAAAAGCUCCAAUGAAUGUAGAGUUAUUGCUGGAUUUAAUCACAUGGAACCACUGGAAAUCAAGGAAUCUCUCAUAUUUCAUUGAUAAAAGAACUCUUAGAUUAGUCUCCGGUGCUAGCCUGAUAUUCUGUGGUCCUAAGGACCAGUGGAUGAAAGUUUUUCAAGGGCUGAAUAUUUCAGCCGAAAGAAGUGAUAAUGAUUUUAGUGAAACAAUUGAGCUCUUGUUACUUGGAUGCAUUGCAAGCAGGUGGAACUGUCUAAUUGAACAUUUCAUGUCCGUUUCUUAUUUUUCGCUUACUAUCUCAGAGCAAUAUCAUCAGGUGUGCCGCUUAGUUAUGGGAAGAUCCCAAACUCUUAAUACUAGAGAGCAAACAACGAACUCAAAGGAAAGUGGCAUUCUCGAGUACCUGACUGGACAGUUGGGCAGUCAACAACAUCAAUUAUGGAAACUAUCCCCUGCCCUUGCAGCAGCUGCAAUUCCAACCUGGUCACCCUUAUUAAGGUUGUAUAUGACUGAAAUGGAGAUUCAAUUCAAAGGAGAUUUUUCUGCGAUAAGAUACUGCAAUUGUACUCAAGAUAUGAAGGAACACAAAAAUUGUGAACUUGCUGAGAGAAUUUGGUGCCUCUACAUCUUUCAUGUUUGUGGCUCUCAUCUACUGCAUGGUGCCGGUAGUGCUUGAUAGUUGGCUAGUUUAUUGCAGUUCUCAGGCAUGUUGGUAUGGACAGUGUGAAUAUUUUACGUGAGAGAAGACCUCAUCCUACUUUUGUUUCAGUGACACUUCUAGGAAAGAAUCAAAUAUUUUGAGUAAAAUGGAAGGAAAGUCACAGAGAACAAGUGG